GGUACAUCCACAAAACAUAACCCUCAAAGGAUUGGGUUGUCACAUGUCAUGGAAUAUGAAGAUGUUAUUCAAGAACAAAAAGCGUUAAAAACCAGCCAAGUUCAAGAAAUUGCCAAAGAAAGCGCCAGGAAAAACCCUUACCUAUGGUCCGGUACUGACGAGAAAUCUAAAUUGCCUAGUGAUUCUAAACAAUGUAUUUUUUGA